GUUUUGUCUCUUGUGACCACCAGCCUGUGACAGCUCCAGGACGCUCAGAGACUGUCCCCUCCUCCGGUUUAGGGUGCGCUCCUCCUGGCUGGGUGAGAGUAGUGCUGCUCGGAGAAGGGGAAAUCUCGUGCCAAAAUGAAGAGAGGCUCCGUAUUGGAAAAAUAUCAUUUGGAGCCCGAAUUCAAGCCACUGGUGGUAAUAGAACUUGCUAAGGAUGUACAAGAAGAAACCAAAAAAUGGCUUGUCAAGAAAAUUAUGGACAAAAAGAAGGAUGGAGGUACUCAGCUGUUGAUCAAACCGCUAGUGAUCUCAGAAGGAGAGGAGAAUAUCUACGUUGUCGGGGCAUCCACCAGACGAUUUUUGCUUGGAGCUGAGGAUGUCGGAUUCGUAAAGGAGAGUGAGGAUGGCACCAUGAGACCUUUCUUGUACAGCAACCGGACACACUACAAAAACUUUAUGGGAGAUGGAGGAGAUUUUCUCAGCAUGGCCGAAUGUCAGUAUAUCAUUAAACAUGAGCUUGACAAUCUUCGUGCUCAAGACGAGACAAAUAUUCCUGGUUAUCCACAGGCCAAGCUUUAUCCUGGAAAAUCUAUAAUCAGGAGAAUGCAGACCAAUGGUUUAUUGAUCCAGGUAUUCCCUCUACAUGACCAGGAAGAACUGAAGCGACUGAGUUUCCAAUGGUACCACCAGGUCAGGUUCACUUACCAGCCCAUAGAUAAAAUCCGUCAUUACUUUGGAGAUUCUAUUGGAUUGUACUUUGGUUUCUUAGAAUACUUCACUUUGGCCUUAAUUCCAAUGGCCCUCAUAGGCAUACCGUAUUACUUUUUUGCCUGGGAGGACUAUGACAAAUAUGUUAUCUUUGCUACAUUCAACCUUGUGUGGUCUACGGUUAUCCUGGAAGUAUGGAAACGGUACUCCUCAGCAAUGACCUACAAAUGGGGGACGUUGCUAAUGAAGAGGGAGUUUGAGGAACCCAGACCUGGCUUUCAUGGAGUGCUGGGCGUCAACCCUGUCACAGGCAAAAAAGAACCUACCUACUCCAGCUUAAAGAGGCAGCUACGAAUAUAUCUGGUUUCUGUGCCUUUUGUGUGCCUUAGCUUGUAUGUCGCAAUUUACGUGAUGAUGAUUUACUUUAAAUUGGAGGGCUGGGCCAUAAGAUAUAACCAUGAGCAACAGUCAACCUUCAGUGGCCUUCUGCUGUUUGUCCCAAGCAUCAUUUAUGCAGUUGUGAUUGAAAUCAUGAACCGUAUUUACAGAUAUGCUGCAGAGUUCCUCAAUAAUUAUGAGAAUCAUAGAUUGGAGUCGUCACACCAGAACCACUUGGUCCUGAAGGUCUUAGUGUUCAACAUUGUAAAUUGCUUUGCGUCACUCUUCUACAUAGCCUUUGUCAUGUGCGAUCUAAAGCUCUUACGGCAGAGCUUGGCCACAUUACUUAUCACCUCUCAGAUCCUUAACCAGUUUGUGGAGUCUUUACUUCCUUACUGGAUGCAGAAGAGGCACAAAACACAAAUCGAAAAGAAAGUCAAAUCAUUGAAGGUGGACACAGAUUUCACUUUGUUGGAGCAAGUUCACCUUGAAAAAGAAAUGGACACAUACCUGGGAACAUUUGAUGAUUAUUUGGAGUUAUUCCUAUUGUUUGGAUAUGUCAGCCUCUUCUCAUGUGUGUAUCCGCUUGCAGCUAUUCUUGCUGUACUUAACAAUGUGACUGAACUGUACUCGGACGCUUUAAAAAUGUGCCGCGUGUUUAAGCGUCCUUUUGCUGUGCCUUCCUCAAGCAUUGGAGUAUGGAUGUUGGCAUUUGAAACCAUGGGGAUUAUAGCAGUAGUUACCAACUGUACUCUUCUUGGGAUGUCAUCACAAGUUCAUUCCAUGUUUCAGGACUCAAAACUCGACCUCUAUUUGACAGUGACAGCCAUAGAGCACGCUCUGCUAGCUCUGAAGUUUAUCUUGGCAUUUGUGAUUCCCAACAAACCAUAUGACAUCCGGAUAAAAUUAGCCAGACUGGAAUUUGAGUCCAUGGAAGCCCUCAAACAGAAACAGAGUAUGGGUAAGUCCUUCACCCUACAGUGGCAAGAAAACAAAUGAAACUGUCUUUGGACUCCCCCACUGAAGAUGCAAUAGACUCAUGAAAAAUCAACAUGGAAAAAUAAUAAAGUAUUUGCCCUUAUAAAAACCAUGCAAUGACUGUUUACCAAAGUACCGCUUGGCUUCUCAGGUUGAAAUGUGUUUCACUUACUGUAUUGUCUCUCCAGUUUUAGAUCUGGUGCCUGCAUGUUUUGCCAGGAUGAUAAUGUAUACAUUUUGCUUUAGACCCUGGUUGCUGCAUAUCUCAUUUGGUGGAGGAUCCUUGAAAGAACUGUUUAGAUCAGGAAAAGCUAACAUGACCAUACCUGUAGUAUGGCCAUGUUCUAUAUAAUUUAAGUAGAAUGUCAUGAGAAUUUCCGUUUACAUACAGACAUUACACAUUAUGUUCACAUACAUUACACUGUUCUUGUGAAUACAAGUAGCAUCACUGGGCAGUCACGUGCAUAUGCUAUAAUGUUUCCUUGUGCAGUAUUUGAUAUUUGGAAAGUACCGCAUUGCCAUCUAAUGUAGCUUGCCUAGCAUGUCACAGCUUAAAAUUAAAGUCGUUGUC